AUGGCGACCAGUGAGAGGCGAUCAAAUCUCAGGUUGCUCAGGACAUCAUCGAUUCUGGACCAAGGCUACACACGCACGACUCGCCAUGGAGACUGUCUCAGACUGUGUACUUACAACGCGAGAACAGUUUCCACAGACGCUGACCUGCACGCCCUUCUCGGAGCUGCAGAGCGUGUCAAAUUCCACGUGAUUGCUCUGCAGGAGACCAAGUGCAGAGGGAGCGACGUACGACAGAUGAAUGACAGUACACUCGUCAAUCGUAGAGAGAAGGUUUCGUCGCGAAAUGUAGGCGGUGUUGGUUUUGUUGUGCACCCAACUGUCGUCCAUCUUGUCGAUUCUCACGAGAUCCUGUCACCUCGUCUGGCCAUUCUUCGCCUCCGCCCUCUGCGCCAAAAAUCCAUCAGUAUCAUCAACUACUGCUCACCAACAUCAGCAAACCACAGAAGAGGAAUACAGGAUUGGAAGAUUUGGACUAGGGGACCGGAAUGA